AUGCAAUCUGGUGUUCAACAUAAGUCCAACGGCGUACCAACCCCCGAGCCAUUGUCUAGAAGCGAGUUGCUUCAUUUCAGCAAAUAUGGCAAACUCCCCCGCAGAAGCCUACUCAAAAACCACAUGUCAAAGGAGCGCACCUACUUCGACUCGGGUGAUUUCGCCCUCUCAGCCGUACGCAGAGUAACUGACAACGGUACCAUAAAAACUGGAAUAAUGCACCCGCACCGGGAAAGCAUCUCUCAUUCUUUCUCGCCCAUACCGGCUGAUAGCAAUGUUCGGAAAGAUGCAAACUGCGAUAACUAUGGACGGAACGAGAGUCGUGAGGGUAGUCCACUUACGCAGCAGAAUAGUGCUGAGAGCCUUGAGCGGAGGAGCAGUGAGGAGAGGGAGAAAAUGAUGUCUCGUCGAGAUUGA